GCAUCGAGCAUGUCACGUAUAUAAGAGGAGAGAAGCGGGCGGCGGCCAGUACAGUACCACGGGAGACACACCACCUUCAGAGUGCUCCUCCUCACACCUCUCCUCCGUUACCAUAAUCUCCAAUACUUGAUCACAAAUUAAAGGAAACUUAUCACGUUACCUCAAGUUAUCGACAACGGAGAAAAAGGAAUAUCAACCCCACAAAAACUGAUAUAAAGUGAGCAGUGUGAGGACUAUAGAUACUGGUGGUGAGAUGUGAGGUGUCCGGAGCUUCGAGAGCCAGUAGGUAGUGAGCAAAGACAACCUGCAGCCCCACGCCACCUUCCCCUCCUGCUGUACCUGCCUCCCUCACUAUACCUCCUUCGCGAUGUGGAAACAACCAAUAUGGACACUACUGAUAUCCUGGGUAGGUGUUUGUACAGUGGUCAGCUUGAUCAAGGAGACAGAGGCCCAGCACCUGAAGGAGGAGGCCCAAGCACCGGCACAACGUCAAGACUCGUGGAGAAACACGUUACCGCAGGGCGUACUCGUACCUUCACCAGCGGUCGUGAUGCCGGUAUAUUUUGAUCCUCAAGACCGCAGCAUCAAUUCCAAUCCCACAGAUAACAAGGUGGAGCUAAGGUCAGUGGGAUGGGCAGGGAUAGGUGACAUUCCAAACAACAUGUUGCCACCACCAAUAGAACUGCCCAAGUGGGUGCCAGACUACAAACCAGUCAAGGAGAAACACUGGGAUGCAAUUGUCCAUGCUCUAACUGUUAACAAUGGCCAACCUUUGCUAUCGGACACUUUCCAUGAACCAACAACAAAGCCACAACCAACAACCAAGCCACAAGUAGUUACAUCAUUACCACUUCCUACAAAACCUUCAGAUACUUGGGUACCCACUAAUACCUCAUCUUUAGCAAUGAUCUUUUCAAAGUUUAAUGACACUCUCCCACUGCAAGAUUCUACAAACAGCAGAUAUUAUUCACCUUACAAUACAUCCAAAAUUUACGGAAGAAAAGAUUCCCUCGAAGAAGCCGUGGAUGAAGUGUUAACGUCCACGACUUUCAAUCCUCUUGAAGUUUUCCUUCCAGACCACGUGCGCCGCCGCCCAUACCAAGAGGUGCCUCAACGAAGGGAGAGUCAGCAACAGAAUAUUGUCUCGGCAUUUAACACAGAAAGUCAUUAUCAGCAACCCGAACCGAAUUCAAAUCGAAGCAGAAAUACCUCAAAGCCUCUUGAGUAUACCACAUGGCCAAAUGUUGGACAAGACACUACACAUGACCAAAACACAAAUAUGCAUGACUUAACACAGCCACAGCAAGGGAAUAAAUUGUCUAAUUCUGAUAUAUUUGUUCCACAAGUUCGGUAUGUGAAUCAAGGCCCUCAACACAGAGUUACACCAUCAAUAAUAACAAAACAAAUUCCUCAGAUCAGUCAUUUAAGGACGAGUAACUCACCAAGGCCACACAGAGCACCAAUAACCCCACAGUACAGACAAUGGCCACUGGUUACACACACAGAUAAUUCCCAACCACAAACGUCUCAGGUCGUCCAUGGUCACAGAUUAAUUAGUGCAGUAAAGGACACUUUCCCAACCAGUCAACCAAUAAUUGUAGUCAGAGAUUCAAAAACAAAACAAACUUCAGACUCGGCUACACAAUCCCCAAAUGAACAACAAAAUCAAGAAACCCUGACUGAGGGCCUCCAACAACAGGAAACAAUAGCUCGUAUUAUUAAUAAUAAAAAUUCUAGAGAGGAAACAGAAGGAGUAGUUUACACCCAGCCAUGGCUACAUGCUGUUGUACAAAAUGACCUCAAGAACUGGGGUUUCCCUUAUGACAAAGAAGCCCUCCAACACAUUCCACCUGGCUACUCCCACGCACCACCACAGUCCCCUCGAGUUAGGCGUAAAGAAAACAACAACUCUUUCAUUUAUUUAUCAGAUGAAGUACAAGAUCAAAAGAACAAGUCUCUUUCCCCCUCAGUAAAUGCUCACCACUUGGCAAUAGUUGAAGCACCAAGUAAACCAACCAAUCGGCCUUUAGCCAUCAAAAAUGUUCAUGUAAUAGCACCUAAGCCUGAUCACGUACCACCUAUACCCCUCUUUCGACCAGCUGAGAAGAAACCUUUAUAUGCAUCACCUUAUGUGGUGAAUGGUGAACCGACUCAACCUUUAGGCCAGGAAGGUGACAACUCUUUCCUUGUAAUUCCCUACCCAGUUCAGGAUCCUGACACUCAAGACCGCAGCUCAAACCUCUAUCCUGUUGCUAUACCCCUCGAGAAACCUUCCAGAAGACAGGACAUUAAUCCUAUUCAAAUGAUCAUGCAGCCUAUUCGUAACAUACUUCAGAUUGGCAGAGUUGCCAAUGUAUCACUUGGUAGAAGACCUUUGUCUACACAACAAACUUUAAAUAUUCCAGGUCUGGUGCAGCAAUUAGGAACAAGAGAAGAAACACCUGCCCCACUAACAGUACUUGCACCACCACCACAACUAAGAGAACUACCCCAAUCUUCAGCCACACCUCUGUUCCGUAUAAAGUUUCCAGGGUUUGGUCCUCCAAAAGGGGAGGAUGUGGUUAUAAUGUCAGAUAAUUUAAAUAAUCAGAAAGCUAAACCAGAAUUAACAAACCCAGCAUCUCUAGCAGGUCUGCAAGAACCAAAUGUACCCAGAGCUACUCUGCCUCCACCUCCUUCACAAGAGCUGCAACAACAAGCUGUCAACAUUCAGCCUCCAUCUUUUGGUACAAUACAAGCACAAUCCAUCGCAUCUACAGUUCCUCACAGUCAGCCUCUGGUUACAUCUGAUGAAGGUCACUCAGGCAGGCCAGUGAAGCAACACCCAACAGCAGAUGUACCUCUAAGUGCAUUUCAACUACCACUACAAAAUCCAACUGCCAAUUUUCAACCUCCUGAGCAGUUUCAAUUUCAACAAAAUUUUCAGCCUCCCCAGGAGGUUCAAGUAAAUGAUUUUCAACCUCACCAGCCGGAUAAUUUUCAGUCUCCACAACCUGUAUUUGGAAAUUUCCAACCAUUUCCACCCUCACAUGGUGAAACACCACCACCAGUACUGAACACUCAUACCCUGACACAACCCACAAGUCCUCCCACAGCUAUAUUUGUCCCAUGGCCAAACACACAAAAUGGCAAUGGUGAUGCUCCACCUCCACCCUUGGCUUCACUAGGGCUUACUGACCUUCCACUAAAUGAAGUUCCUCCACCGAUAAGUUCCCCUUUCCCCAGACAUCCUUUGACCGCACGUCCUUUUAACCUGCCACCUCUCCCAAACAUGGACUUUCUGAACCCUUUCAAUAUGUUCCGAAGUCGGGAAAACACACAAGUGACAAAUAACGGCUUUCCCUUUUUUUCCUCAUUUUUCUCCAAAGCAGAUAACGAGGCAAGUUCUUCCAUAAAUAAAAAAGAAAUUGAAAACCCAGCAUUCAGAACAAACAUCAAGACGCAGGAACCUCGACAACAAGCUUUACCGCUGGAAGACGGGCCAGACAAAGACUCUAGCAUGGACUUCCUGAGGGAUGUUAGGAGUAGUAAACCCUUGGCGGCAGAAGAAACCGGUUUUAAUUUCAUGCCUCACUUACAUCCAAUCUUAAGGGACGACACCAUAAACUCUCCUCAGGUACAAUCUAAUCCCUCGUUAGUCACAGGUAAUUCACACCCUGUAAAUUAUUCGUUGUCCAAGCCACUCAUUCGCCCACCUUCACGUAUUCACAACAUUAACCGCAAUAGACUUAACAGACAGCAUUUAUUAGGCAACCGGCGUCCAACAUCAGUUACACAGAUCGCUAAUCAACAUACGCCCGAAAUUCGACCUUUAGUCAAUCAGUAUCCUCUUUCCUCUCCACCUGGGCUGAUCCAUCCAAGGAAAAAUGCACAAGUGCCACUUUUUAAGACAACGCAGAAUCCUACCUCACAGCAAGAACCAGCUGGGGUCUCUGGCAGCCUCCAAGAAAGCCAGGUUAAAAAAUACACACCAAUAAGACAUGAAAACCUUCAACCAAAUAACAAUCACAGCAUACCCAAACCUUUGAGUCGUCCAUCAUACCCAACGACACAGAGGAGCAACGGGGCCAAAAUCAAUCCCCAGACAAAUCCCGCUCAUCCAGUUUUCUCAGGACCUCAGUCAAGGCAAGAGACUUUUGAACCUAGACCUGAUAUGAUCCACUUCACAAUCGAUGAUGUUGUGCACCGUCCUGGUUCAUUCAGUCGGGUUAAUCAACAACCUAAAUUUACACAAACUUCAGAAAUUGGUAGAAAAUCACAACAUGACUAUUCAGCUGAAGAUGAUAUGGAUUUAUCACCGUCUGAAGAAACAAUCACAAUAGCAAAGUUCAUACAACCAUCACAGCCCAAUAAACCAACCACACUUACCAUGCAAAGGAUUACCCCAACUCCAUCUACCAUCACUGCUCAAUCAUCUUCAACAAAAAUGACACGUUUACCUUCUGGCCUCCAAAAAACAACCACAGUCUUCCAGGCUGGGACUACACCUCGAGUAAACACAACUCCAAGAACUCCACACACAAAACAACCUAAGACUCACCAGACUCGGGUAACUCUCUCAACACCGACCAUGUUUAAAUAUCGACCAAAUACUAGUCCCACUAACUCAGCUUCACAUCCCCCAACAACUUACAGGCCUCACGUCAGUCAUGAUGUUACAGUCACAAGCAAGUCUUCCUUCUUCCCUGCUCAUUGGGGAAUCACACUACCAGUGUUAUCACAGACAAAAACUACUACCCCAGCGAAGGAACCAAAGAACAGUGAAAGACAAUACCUCCCCUCAGCAGCCUCAUCCAGGAUUACCAUCAUUGAAGCUACACCUAUGCCAAAGCCUGGAGAAAUCUUUCCAACACUGAAAAAUUUCCAAGCAUAUAUGUCACCCCAACCACCUACCACCACAACAAACCCUACAACAGUGCCAACAACACCAACAACAACAACAGUCACAACAACAACAGUCACAACAACUACACCGUCGACCACAACCAACAAAAUUUCAACAACAGAAGGGAGUGAAAGAGAAUCGGUAAAACUAAUUGAUGUCACAUCAUUUCGUCCUAAGGGAAAGCAUGCAACACGUCCCCAGCCUCCAGGCUUGAUGAAGAUCAGAAAGAGGCCAGAAAUAAUGAUGCCGGGAAGGUGGAACUACCGAACUAUUGCCAAACCACCACAAAUAGAAUCAGACUCACUCAUCAAUAAUAACGAUAAAAAUAACAGUAAGGAGCCACGCAUCAUUACUCAUAACAGGUUCAAGGUGCAAUAUAAUUCACCUCCAAGAAAAGUCUUUCAUAUGAACAGACCAACACCUAAACCUGCUCUACUAACAGAAAAGUUCUCAACUACCUCAUCAUCAUCAUUACCCACCACCAGCACCAUAGUUACUGACAAAAUUCAGAGUCGUCCCUUUGUUGUUCCGUCACCUACUUCCAUAGACGUGACAGUGGACCGGCCCAUUACAACUCCAAGAACAGAGAGUCAGAAAUCCCAAACUGUAGUACUUACGACAUAUCCUUCGUCAAACAUGGACAGUAAAGUAACAGAAGAAAAACAAGAGGAUCAUAUAACAGACACAGAUAUCACAACCCCACAAUACCUUGACACUACAACACAAACCACAAUAUCAACACCUGUUACCUCUUUACCACCUGUUAUUACCAAAACUCCGAUAUUUAGUUCCAUUCAGCGACUGCGCAACUUUAUGACAAACAGGAGAAAAAAUAAGACACCUGUAACGCCACAAACAACUGCCACGUCAACUGAAGGUACACAGACCUCUGAACAAGGAGAGGAAACCCUGAUUAAUGAUUCAACAAUGACCAGCCCAAGAACACCAUCUGCUGCAAGAACUAGACCAAGUUUAUCAUUUGCUACAAUACCCAGAUCAAGUACAUCACCUUCUACCAUACUGAGAUCAAGUACAUCGCCUUCUACCAUACUAAGAUCAAGUACAUCAUCUGCUACAAUACCCAGAUCAAGCACAUCACCUUCUACCAUACUAAGAUCAAGUACAUCAUCUGCUACAAUACCCAGAUCAAGUACAUCACCUUCUACCAUGCUACAAUCAAGUACACCAACUGUCCCAUUACCCAGAUCAAGUACAUCAUCAUCAGUAAGAUCAAACUUCAGAAUGUUCGGUGCAUACAGGACUCCAAGAGACAGCAGAAAAACCUCCCCAUCAACGAGUCCACCAAUACUGCCUCCCACAACCACGACGAGAAACCCGAGACACAUCACUGGUGGUACCACAUCAACGUCAACUGGGGUGUCAAACUUUAAGGACAGCGACCACGAACACAGUGGCAGCAGCAGCUCCACCUCACACUCCUGGAAUGAACCUAUUGAGGAAAUGUUUCUCCAAGGCCAUCCAGAGAUGACUGAUUUUUAUAACUGGGAGUCAAGCCGUCUCGACACAUCCGACCAGAGUGAUUCAAGCUUUCCUGAAGAAGAUCAAUAUUACAGUCCAAGUGACGGUGAGAUUCUCUUGCCCGGAGCUUCUGAAGUUUCUCCGGUGACUGUGGAACCAUUCUGGCAACCUUUCAGAGCCCUUGCUUCAAAUGAGUCAAGUCAUCUGAAGUCCUCCUUCGGUAAUCAGCUUGUGGUCUCACCCCAGUACACUUCCAUUGCUAGAAGCACACCAAAGAAGGUGCAGAAGGUAACACCCUCAGGUACAGCAACGGCGCGUGGACCUCCCUGAUGGGAAGUCUGGGUCAGGGCAAGAACCCAUAUAGCCACGUCGUCCACUCCAUACACAGUAAUGAUCAUAAAGAUUUCAUAAAAAUAGACUUACCGGGUAUUUGUGAUAUUUUAUUGCACAAUGUGUUCAAGAUUUUUUAUUUUUUUUAACAAAUAAGCAUAAACAUAACCACCAUAUUUUGUACCCUCUAGCACUCCAUUUCAUGAUACUGAUGGUAACAAAAUAUUAUGAAUUUACAACACAAAAAUUAUUGAGAUAUGUGUCAUAAUGACUCUACAUACAUUCACUAAAUCCUCAUGAACUUCCAAACAUUUAAAAGAUACUCAUCUGCUGGUCGUGCAUUGCUUUCACUUCUGCCCUUGAAAGUGAAUGUGGCUGAAUUGCCUAUUACCUGAUCAACACUUUACAUCACCUACAAUACAAUAUACUGUGCUGACACCCUUUCAAUACACACAACCAUCUUGACUUGGACUUCAGGUAUUCAAACACUUUUUUCAUAAUAUGUAUAAAUAUAUAUUGUGAACACCAUCAAGCUUCUGAAAUCAUGAAGUGAGUAAUGAUUGUUUUUAGAAGUUGGGUGUAAACUGUAAUGGAAAUUAUCCAAUUUUGUUCUUGUCUGCCCCUGUAAAUAGUGUUUGAUCACAGCAGUAGGCGGUGGCUGGACCAUCGUCUCUACAUGUAUAGUUCAGUAUUAGUCUUCUAGUGUAAGUCACCAAUCAAUUCAUUAACUCUUUUAUAACAUGUACAGUUUUUAUCUUCCUCUCAUGUGGCUGCUGUACUAAUGUAUGUUUCUCUCUCUCUUAUAAUAACCACAUAACAUACACCAUAAAAGUUAUCUUAAAUUUGCUUUCAUCAUCAUUACUCUAAAAGAGUAUUUCCAGUCUACUAAUGUUUCAUCAUUCACACGUAAUACAAAUUUACCACAACUGAUUUAUGAAAAUUUUACAAGCAAUAAUUCACUGCAUCUUCACUACUCAAUAUUACAGUAGUUUCAGGUGAAUUCUCCAUUUAUCUUCGUAUAUGUUUAGUGUUUACUUAAGCAACACCUUUUAUUUCAUCUCUACACUUCAUCCUAACUAUACAGUAACAAAACACUACAACACAAUAAAUUGGUACAAUUCUGUCUCCACAGCACCAAAGAGUGAUUCUGAGUUUGUAUAUAAAGUGUGGCUGGCCAGAUGUUUUUAUUAUAGAUGGCUAUGAGGAGGAGACUGUCAUGCCAACACCUCAUGCUGACCAACCUAACCAACAUAGUACAGCAUUAUAUUCCAUUACUUUUAUUUCAAAUUACAUGAAAGAUUGUUUUCAGUUACAGUUCACUCGAUAUAAGAACAUAUAUUUACAGUUAUAAAGCUCUUUAAAUUCAACUUUGUUACGAGAGGCAUCCCUGGCCACUAAUUGUAUACAUGAUAUAGAGUCAUCACCUUCCAGCCAUCAUUAAUAAUUACAUUUAUAAUAUAUUUUCAACUGACACCAUCUAGGUAGACCUUAUUUGAUUCUCCAGGUCUUGUUUGCUGUCUGUCCUUCACUUUCUGUACUCAUUAAUAAACACAAUGUAUCACUGAUGACAAUUUAUUA